UUGAAGGUGGCUGUUUCAUGCGUUAGACCUGGAGAACCUGUUGGAGAAGAGACAUUACUGACCUCCAUUGAGAGUGAAUUUCUGGCCAGAUACUUUGACGAAGCCGAUCUGGUGGACGUAGUACUAGUGGUAGUACUAGUGCUGGUUCGAGAACUCGUAGUUGACGAACUCGAUCUUGUAGACGAUGACGAAGUGGCGGUUGUCGUUGGCUGUUCUAUGGUUAAGGGAGGUCACAAAAUCGGGAUCAAGGCACAAGAGAGGAAGUCCACUCACAAUCAUUCCAUGGAUGACAGAUCAGUCCGCUAUCACAGGUACCUAAGCCCUUGGGGUAUAACAUCCAACCAAGCAGCGUGGGGUGCUCAGUGGAUCACUGAUCAUGCAAACGUUCAGAAAUCUGUCGGAAAACCUGUCCUCAUCGAAGAAUAUGGUCUAACUGAAUCGGGCCGAGUACCUAUGCUGUAUGGUGGAACGCCGUCGAGACCUCUGGACUUGCUGGUGAGCUCUAUUGGCAAGCUGGAACGACUCCUAGUGGAUCCGGAUAUAACGAUGGAUAUGCUAUCUUGUGAGAACUAUCAAUUAUCCUUCCGCACUUUGGACUCACCCUUUACCCCCUCCAGCACAAGCGACUCGAUGUUCUCUGCUCUCAAGACCCAUUAUGCCAAACUGAAGGCUCGCACCUGA